AUGUAUUAAAAUUUCUCACGGCAAAUACAGUCAACAAAUCGGCGGCCAGCGCACCGGCGGUGGAAAUACUCAUACAAAUAGAGAAGAGUUUUCGCCGGAAAACGCUACGAUUAUACACAUAUGGAUUUCACGAUUUGCCCGUUUUGUAACGAAGAUGUUCCCUCCAUGGAAUUGGAAAGGCAUGCUAACAAUCAUUUUGAGAACGAAGAACAAGCGAUUGACCUAGAAGUAGCUCAAGCAAUCUCUCUGGUUGAAUAUGAUGAGACUGGGAAUGGAAGUGGAGAAUUUGACAUACAUGAAAAAAAGAUACGUUCUUUAUCUGAUUUGCAAAUUAGGGCAAAUUUCCAUAAAGUUGAACCUGGAUUGAUGACAUUGUUAAAGAAAUGUCUUGAUCUAGAAUCUGAAAAAUCAACUAGUAUAAUAUCAGGCUAUGUUGAUCAUUUCGAGAGUAUCGAAUUUGAAGAUGUUGGUUGGGGCUGCGGUUGGCGUAACAUACAGAUGCUUAGUUCGAAUUUGUUCUCGGAAAGAGAGGAAUCGAAGAAGGUUUUGUUUGGUGGUUGUGGCUUUGUUCCUGAUAUAUCAUCGUUACAGAGAUGGCUUGAAAUUGCUUGGGGAAGAGGUUUUGAUGUUAUUGGAUCGUCGCAUUUUGAUAUGGCGAUUCAUGGAGAAAGGAAAUGGAUUGGAACUACAGAGUGUGCUGCUCUUUUUCGUUCUUUUGGUGUUCGUGCUAGAAUAGUUGAUUUUGACAGUAAACCGUGUUUGGAAAAUCAGGGAGUUCAGAAGAGAAAACAUGAUCAAGUUUAUGGGCCAAUGGAUCAGUUUCUGUCGGGAGGGAGUCGAGCAGAUGUAUCUUCGAGUAGUGCCAAACGUGGUCAUGAGGUUCUAAUGGAAUGGAUUUGGAAUUAUUUUAGAAAACCAGGCAAUGAUCGUGUUAUUGUCAGUGAUAAAACGCCUUUGUAUUUCCAACAUGAUGGCCAUUCAAGAACCAUUGUGGGGAUCCAAGUUAAACAUCAGAAAAACGGGUCAAGACAGUAUAACCUGCUGAUUUUGGAUCCUGCUCAUAGUACGGUAGCUUUAGAAAGAUCUUUACGAGAAAAUGUUGGAUGGCAGAAGUUAAUAAAAAGAGGAGGGCAUACAUUGAGGAAACCGCAAUACCAGCUAUGCUAUAUUGAUUCUGGGAUUGCUGAUAAAGAUGAAACGGAGAAGCUCAAAAUCUUAGAAAGUAUUUACGUUGAAUUCUGAAUUGAUUAUGAGACUGCGGUUUCUUUCGGAUAUUAAACAUUACAUAAUCACAUUUUGUUUAUAUUGUAAGAUUUCUUUGUCACAUUAUAUUUGAAAUGCAAAGUUCAUAGAAUUGUUAUAUCA